AUUAUAUAUUGUAAAAAAUUAUAAGAAAGUUUAAAAUAUAUUUUAUAUAAUUUUUUAUUUACAUUGAAUAUUUUAUUUAUUCGUUUAUACUUUUUGUAGUAUUUUGAAAAAGUGUUGUCUUAAUGAAUGUGUUAUUGCAUCACAUUUUAGAUACUUUACCACUCAUACUUUACCUGACUUCUAUGUAAUGAAUAAUGAAUUUUAGUGCAUUUUUUAGUAUUGUUUUAGCAUUUCAUUUCCUCCAGGUUACACUACACAGCUGUGGUUGUUUGUAAAUUCUGGUAUUUCUUUUUCUUAUACCCAUUCACACGAUUGGAAAAUGAGUGCCUCACUCACACUGACUGCAAAUUAGAAAUAAUUUAAUUAACAGUCAAAGGAGCUAUUGUGCCCCAUGAGGGGCUAUAAUUUCAUUAUGUUUAGUGUAUUACAAUUUUUCUACCUCCUCACUUUAAUGUCAACUAAAGGUCAAUGGUUUCAUCCAGACUUUGUUUGUACUAUGGACCAAGUAACGACAACUCUUAUCAAUAAUGAAAAACAUAUAUGGGUAAAAGGGGACGUUCGUUUUCUUAUCUGUAUUUCCGGGCUGAUAUAAUACAGCAGUUCCCAGCCAGAAAUAACUGCGGGGCCGAUGUGUGAACCAACAAGCAGGUCAGGGGCAGUUUGUGUCCAGAGCUGCAGAAUCAACAGCAGCCUUCUGCAGCAGGUCUGCCCACAUGUUGACAGACUGCUGUGUAGAUGUGGUGCCAAAGACAACACCUCAGUGUUGUCCUGCCCCUGCGGUCACCCACCAGCUCUUUUGUUUACGGUGGUUAUUUAUGUAAAAAAGUGGAAAUCACGUCCUGCUGGUGACCUGAGGUGACCUUCAGUGCCCAUUAAAAAAAAAAGCAACAGAGAUAAUGAUUAGGAGAGAUGAAAUUUCCCAUAAUACCUCAGUCAUUCCUUCAGCCUGUGUGGAACAAUGGAGCAUCUCUUCUUACCCGCUGUAUUUAUGUAGUCGCUGGGCCGUGACAGAGCUGCUGUGUCUGGACAGCAUAUGGCCUCCAGAGACUGGAGCAGGCCGCUGUGGUGGUGCUGAUUACUCCUGCAUUGUGUCUGUUGGAGAGCGGAGACUCUGCUGUAGUUCACCGUGUUGAUUUGAACGAGCACUGACAAAUAAAAGCAGCUUACAGAGUUCGAGCCUUUAACCAAACCACCUCACAGCUACAGUCCACAUCUCCACCGUGCUGUCACCAGUCUCCGGUGUGUGUGCGUGGACGGUCCAAAGUCAACACAGCUCCUUAAAGCAAAGAUCUGACACCAGUGAAGUGCCCUGUAACACAACACUCCCUCCCUCCUUUUCAGCUACUCCCCGAAACUGAUGCACUUUUCCUCCAGCAGCCCAUACUGCCUAGAGUGGAUCCAUUCUGCUGAAUGGAUUUUGGCUUCUCACCAGACUCUGGAAUAAGGCAUGCUGUAAAGUCGUUUGGUUUCUUCCAUAGUAUCAGCACUCAGUGGAGAAUCUUAAUUACAGGGUUCAGGCAGGCCUCGGUCUGUUGCAGGCAUCCCUGACUGCUUCCUGGGCCAGGCCGGUCCCCGUUGGUAAUUCCAGGGCCGACCACAGUGGUAAUGAGCACGGUGGUGGAGGCAUUCCAGGAGAUCUCAGCUCUGGAGGCUCAUGGGAAAGGGUGGUGGGGGGAAGUCAGCGAGACAGUGAAUUCGCAUCUUGAUCCCCAGCCAUAAACACCUACUUCCGAUGAUGUCGCCCUGUAACGGUCCAGUGAGGAUCAUCAAGGCCCGUCCUUUGACACAUUCUAGGUCGUCCUCAUCAGCGGUGAUUAAAGACGUUAUGACUACAUCAGUCUAGUCUGUCGGGUGGAGACAGUGCUAUCACGAGUCAUCCUUCGAGGAAAUUGGCUUUUACUCCUGUUACACCCAUAAAGUUCUACUCUACUGAGGGGCUUUCAUGCUUCAAAAGUGAACAAACUUUUCCAGCUUUUUUUUUUUUGAAAGCUAUGAUAAAUGGAUUUGCAGUAAUCUGCAACUUCUGCUGAGACAAAGUCACACACCCACCCAUCCACCCACCCACUCAUUUUUAACCACAAACAUUAGCAAGAGUUAUGGAGUGAAAGUGGGUAAAUCCCACAUUACCAUCGUCGGCUGAAAUCCUGUUGACGUCUUGGGUUUUUGUGAUUGCUACAGUGCUGAGAAGGCCGUGACCUUGUACAGUGAAAAACAACUCAGCGCUCUUCCUUUCUUCACCUCUCACUGCAGCAGUCUCUCAGUAUUGGCCCAACAAUGCAGCUCCGGCCCAGAGCGGUGCUGUCAGCAGAUAUUCUGCCUACAGCAGACUAUUGAGGCCGAUCGCUGGAUACAGGGCCUUUGUUGCAGUGUUGUUUUACUGGCUCUGGCUGGGCCUCUCUCCGUGCCACUGUCUGCUCACAGCUCUGUCAGUUCACACGGGCUGCUGCGGAGAAUGGACCGGGCCGAUGGAAUACACAAUGGUUUCCUGUUAGAGGAGGUUGUCAUCUGAGGCUUCCUGCUCCCAGCAGGAAAAGGUCUGAUAUAAAUCUCCGAAAACAAGGGAUGAGGCAGAAGCUGAGGAUUAAACACAGCAGCUCUGGCCACACAAUUACUCACGGGGUAUUUUUACACCACACUGGCUGCCGCAUUAUUCUUGCCUGUCUCACUUUGGCAGUUAGAUGAAGAAGUUGUUGCCACUGUUUCUUCACGAGGUAGGCACAGGAAAAACAGUAGACGAUCAAAAUGGGGUUUUUUUGUUGUUUUUGAGCACAAAAACAGCUUAUUGUUGGUUACAGAAUCUCAGAUGUGUGACACCUAAUCAAUUGUUUAAUGUGGUGACAACCAUAUUAUGUUAAAUUACAGUUACCACCGGACUGAAACUUUUUUAUUUUGAUCUAUUUCUCCCUUAUCGUCUGGCGUUUUCAUCAAUAAUAGGAGAAUAGUCUUCUCCUUCUUCCUGUCGUCCGUCUCCAUCUCUCGUUUUUUGGUUAUCGUCAGUCAGAUGUUUGGGGCACAACAACAAUAGAGAAGUGCACAUCGGGACCAUAAACAUGAAUUGUGUUCUCCUGUUUCUGAAAGUGUGUCAGCGCUGCACAGGAGUCAGCAGGGACCAUGUGACCUGCUGCUGUGUACAAACCCAGCAUUGAGACAUUCUUCCACUUCAAAGCCCCCAGAGAGUUCUCUGGACACUGGUUGAAUAGGAGCCGUGGGAGGGGUGUGUGGGGGAAACAGGUGCAGUCCCUGAGCGGGGUAAUUCCUGCUUCCAUCUUCUUUCUUUUCUGGGGUCCGGGCUCUUUAAACGCCCCCUGCCACACCUCAUGGCGACACACUCCCCCGAACGGCAGCACCGUGCCUCGUCACCAUGGCAUCACGAUUCGGAUUAACCUCUGCACAUGUGCCGAGUCAACCGUGGGGGUCUGCCUCUUUUGUAAUUGAGCAUGUGGGGAAGGGGAGGGGGGUGCUGGAGGAGGUGGAGGAGGCUGAUACUGAGCUGCAUGGAUAAGUGUGUGAAAGGACACUCGCCAGGCAUUCACUUUUGUUAAGUAAAGCAGCAGGAGGGAGACUGAAUGAAGCCAUGUGGCAGGAAGGCAGCAAGAGAGUCUAUUUUGUUGUAAAUGACCAGUCUGAUCAGAACAAACAUGUUUCAACAGGUAUUUAAAAAAAGCUGGGGAGCAGACAGUGGAGAUGACGGCCGUCGAGAGUAAAGAGGAGAUCAGUGACACAGACAGUGGGAUUAUUCUGCACUCUGGUCCAGACAGUCCCACGUCUCCAAUCAAAGACCUGACCACUCACACCAGAGCCCUGAAGCUGAAGCACCAGUGUCUGGAGGAGCGUCUGGAGCUCUGUCUGCUGGAGCUGAGGAAGCUCUGCAUCAGAGAGGCAGAGCUGACUGGUCAACUGCCCUCUGACUACCCCCUGAUGCCUGAUGAACAGCCACCUCGGGUCAGAAGAAGGAUCGGAGCUUCUUUUAAGCUGGAUGAAGGGCUGAUCCAUGUGGAUCAACAGAAUCCAGAGCUGCAGGCACUGGAAACUGACCUGGCUCUCCAGCAGCAGAUUUAUGAAGCUGCUCGUAAACUCUCACUGGAGGGGAAUCUCAGCAAACCACAGAAGAAGAGCAGGCUGCAGCAGUGCAAGAGGGAGGAGAAGAAAGUGAAGGAUCUGCAGGAGGCCGUGUUCCAGCACCGGGUCAAAAGCGAGUGCAACUCACCCUGCAUCACCACCAGAAAUAGUCAAAAUAAAGACGUCAGCUUGUCUGAUGACAGCUCUCUGUCUGAUGUUGUGGCUCUGGAUGAAGAUGUGGACUCGCCCUGCCCCCUCUCUCCUCCAGUGUUGGGCACCUCCUAUUCAGACCCCCUCCAUCUGUCAGCCAAAACCCUGCAGAGCAGCCAGAUCAGUGUGGAGUACGAGCGCUCCCCCAUUCAGAACUCUCCGUGGAAGGAGUCCAGUCUGGAUCAGCCGUACAAGAAGACCACGGAGCCCCAGUCCUCCUGCAGCAGCAGGUCCAGCAGUCCUGCAGGAACACGUGUCUUUGCGCAGAGUUCCCACAUUCCCCUGUCUCAGUUUAUCAAGAACUCAGCUCUGCGUCACAACCACUCCACCAGCGCCCCCUCUACUCCAGAGCUGCGCAUACGUCGCCAGUAUUCCCAGUCUUUCAGGCUUCCCAGAAAUAAGCCACCUGCAGAUCUGGAGCGCCUUCCCUCAAUCAACCGAGGUCGAGCUAAACUCCCACAGCGACUGUGUGCAGCUGACUUUAUGAUGCGCUCUCUGGAUUACUCCCCACUGCGUCCAUACCAGUCCAGCUCUGAGGACAGCAGUUCGGAGCACUCGUCAUCCUCUUACGUCAGCUCCCCAGGCAGGGAACGACCCAGUGAGAUCCCAACACUCAGCCCACCACCUUAUGGAUUCCACUUUGGAGCUCAGAAGAAAGGACAAUCAAACGUCUCCAUCCCACACAGAAACAAUCAAUCUGGGCCUGGCACCGGUUACACCAAGCCUUCUGUUACUGCAGAGGAAGAGCCUCUCUCCCCCCAAAAUCUGGACAUGGGGAAAUGCAUUCUGUACUCCCCUCCUGUAGCACGCAAACCUCAGCAAAGACAAUGGCAGGAGGGAGCAGCGACCCCGAGGAGAAUUCUGAAACCUCCUCCUCCUCCGUAUACCAGACUGGCCAGAACACCCUCUUUGAAGGAGUAUCCAAACCACGCCUUUAGGCUGCUGCCCAGAGAGAUCGUGUCGGAGGAGCUCAAGUCCUGGCACCAGAGGAACCAGCUACAGAAACUACGACCAGGGAGUGUGGACCAGCAGCCCCUCGGCCCCCUGGGUGUCAUGAGUCCAACAUCACCUCAUCUGCCUUCGUUUGAACGGGGUUCGGGUAAUGUGAUUCUCCAGCGGGCUGCUGACGGGACGCCACUGCAGUGGUUUGUGGCUGAAGAUGCAGAAAUUGUGAGCCAAGUGUAGCUGGGCCACAGCACAUGUUCCGGAGACUGUACUGUAUUUGACUGCUUUUUUAUUUAUCUGUGUAUUUAUUUACAACACGUGGACCUAUUGGUACCUGACCAGCACAUUUCCCCUUUUUUUUCUUUUAACUUAUACAACUUUAUAUAAGGUGCUACACCAUUUAUUAUUUAUUUUAAACUGUUCCCUUGAUAUCAUUUUUGAAUUGAAGAGCUGCUGUGGUUACAAAAUGACUUUUGUUACCCGCACACGUUUGAAAAUCUCCCUACAGUCUUUAAAGAACCCCCUUCAUUCCUGAUAUAACUAUGUAAUUUCUAGCUUACAUAAUAUUUAUGCAUUAUUUAAGGUUUCCCAGCAUAGAGACUUAUUAAUGAAAUCUUGAUAGACAGGAGUCACAACUAAAAUUGUAACCCCCUUGUGGCCGCGAUGUGAAGUUCUUCUAACGAAUUAUCUGAAUAUCACCUUCAUGGUGGUUUGAUGAAUGUUUUUUAUCACAGUAUGAUGACUCUGUUACUAACCAAGUGAUUGUAUCAGUUUUGGUAUUUUUGGUAUAUUUAUAAUAAAGGAAAAUGGGACUGAUGA